UGCGUGAAGAACAAACGAGAGGGAGAACAAGAAGAAGAGAGAAAUAGGCUGCGCCGGCUCCGGUGAUUGAUUGAUUGAUUCCGGCGAGAAACUUCCGUCACACCAUCAACCACCAUGUGGAGGUGGACGUCACCGCAAAUCUCUUAUCUCGUUGCUAGAUUGAGUCAAGUGAAACUGAGUGAUGGCCGUUGCUGUUACAGUCAAUUGUUGCAGCAUCCUUCUUCGUCCGUUUUGCAAUCUUCACAGCCAAUGCCAAUGGUAUUUAAUAGUUCAAUUCAAUUCAAAGUUGGGAAUCAAGGUUUUGGUAAUGGAGUUUUGUUGACGUGUCAGAGGUUUCUAUCUAGUAAGGCUGCGCCCAGUACUACUAAUCAAGAAAAACCUGCAUCAGAUAACUCUUCAAAGGAUGAUUCUGGUCAAGGAAAAGAGUCUGGAGGAGAACAGGGUCAGAAAACUGAUGCUGGGAAAGCUGUUCGCGGAUCGCCUGUUUCUUGGUUGAGCUUUGUUUUGCUGGUUUUAACUGGAGCUGGAUUGGUAUUUUACUUUGACAGAGAAAAGAAACGACAUAUUGAAGACAUACAUAGUGCUUCGGAGGCAGUGAAGCAUGGACCUUCUGCGGGAAAAGCUGCAAUUGGGGGUCCAUUUCACCUUACCAACCAUCACGGGAAGCGCGUUACUGAAAAGGACUUCUUGGGGAAGUGGACAGUGAUGUAUUUUGGAUUUACUCACUGCCCAGAUAUCUGCCCUGAUGAACUACAGAAGUUAGCAGAUGCAGUUGAUAAAAUAAAGGAGAAAUCUGGAAUUGAAAUUGUACCAGUUUUUAUCUCUGUUGAUCCUGAGAGGGAUACCGUUGAGCAAGUCGGUGAAUACGUCAAAGAAUUUCAUCCAAAGUUAAUUGGAUUAACUGGUAGCUCAGAUGAGAUAAAGAGCGUAGCUCGUGCAUAUCGUGUUUAUUACAUGAAGACAGCAGAGGAAGACUCAGAUUAUCUUGUUGAUCACUCCAUAGUUAUGUACUUGAUGGGGCCUGACAUGAAUUUUGUUAAGUUUUUCGGCAAGAACAAUGAUGCUGACUCACUUGCUGAUGGAAUAAUUAAAGAGAUAAAGCAGUAUAAGAAGUAAUUUUAGCCCCUUUUCUUCUUUGUGUGAAAGAAACUGUCAUUGAUUUUUGGCAUUAUGAUAGAAAACUAGAGUAAGUCUAGAUAUACGUCUGAAGGCUCGUUCCUUUUCAGGUGAUUUUGGAGUUUUUUAACAGUUUUAAGAGGGUAACCUAAUGAUGUCAUUGAUUCAAUUGUUCAGAUUGUACUUGAACAAAUUUUGUGGGGGAAGGGUUCAGCACCUUAAUGAAAAUGUGUUGUGCCGGUGUCACUGUAAUAUAAACCGUUAAAUAUUUUAGUGAUGGGUUCAGAUUUUGAA